CUCCACUUGGCAAGAACUCCGCUUUCCUCUUCUCCCUCUCCCCCCACUAUAUAAACUAUCCGCUCCUCUUUUGCACAUUCAGCCUGUUCAGUUCUGUUUCUGCAUUUCCUUUUGUCUAUCAUCCGGCCAUAAAGCAUGGACUCCAUUAAGGAACAAUCUUCUGCUUCUGCAAGAUCCAAACUUCGAUAUCCACUACGAUCUUCGAUUAAACCCAAGGAUGAUAAACCAGCCAUGGCGGAUGUGUCGUCCUCUUCUGCCUCUAAGAGGGGGAGGCCUGCGUCGAAUGUAAGCAAAAGCGUUAGUGUUCUUGAUCUCUCUGGAAAGGACAAGUAUGCCAAGCCACCUAGAAGGCUCUCUAUUCCUGCCAAGUCUACUGCCAGCCCGCUUCCAAGACCAGCUGGCACCAUAACUCCAAUAUCCGAAAAUAGAGCAAAGAGGCCUGCCAAUGGUCAACGGAAGAGUGAAACACCGGUUUCUGAUGCAUCCAAAUCACUGAACCGCCGGAAAUUCAGUGUUUUAUCCUCAGCAUCAUAUUGGUUAUCGCAGAUUAAGCUCUCUGAAUCUGCUUCUAAGCACUCCAUUUCACUUGCAUUCUUUAAGCUUGGCCUAGAGGCUGGAUGUGAGCCUCUGCAGCGAUUGCGGGAAGAGCUGAAAGCCUAUGUACGUCGACACAACCUUGGAGAACUUGAAGAACUUGCAAAAGAAUUGCUUAAAAUCUAUAACAUCAUGGAAGAUUUAGAGCAGUUGCAGAUUUCAGAGACCAUUUCUCAAGUGCCAGAAGAGAGUUCUCGAUCCUCUGAUGAAGAUGUUCAUAGCUAUGCUUCUAGUACAGAACCUAGGAAAUUAAGGCUCAUGUCCUUGAACUCUGAAAGUACUCAAGCUGCCAAAGUAAAAGAAACUGGCAAGGACGGUUCUCGUAAAAAAAUUGCUGCUUCCAAGAACAGGGUAUCGUUGAAUAGAAAUUCCACAAAUGCGAAAUCUGUUACAGAUAUUGGUAGUGACAACAUACAAAAGAAAUCUCAGAGGCUAACUGGGCAAUCAUCUAAGAAGGAAAAGGAUAUCAAGAAUCAAGGAAAGACCGCUUCUGGUGAAAAAGCCCUUUCUGGACCUAUCGGCGGCGUUGAGGAGACAUCGCAAGAAGACAAAGAAAACAUGGAUGCCGAACAACACAUGGAGGAGAUCAGCUUGAGUGAAGUAGCAUAGAAGAAACUGCAUCAGAAAACUUGAGUUAAUACAAAAGUUUGUCUUUUCUUAAUGGGAGUUUGUCUUCAGGUUUUUUUAGUGGGGACUUUUCCUUUGUAAAGAAAGAGUUGGGUUAAGUAUUCAGCUUUGGGUGUGAAUUGUGAAAGCCAUUUUUCUUCCUUUUUUCAUUCUUUUUUGUUGGUGGAUAAAUCAGUAUUAUUUUGCUUUUGUUUACCAUACUUCUGGUGUGGUUGCACAUUUAUGGCAUUGUUAAAUAUAUAUUAUUGUCUGUUUUAGUCAAUAAUUGUGAUUCUGUUUUA